CUCCGCUCAACUUUCUCUCUUUCUUCCACUUCAAAAUACGAUUUUCUAGUCUGCGACGGAGGCCUCGAAACCCGACCGACGCGCGCAAAUGACCUGAAGCCGUACUGGAGGGGCUCAUCUCUCUUGUCUAGAUUGCCCUACGUGCCAAUAUUUUCCGCUCUCCAUCAGCUCAUCAGCCUCCCUUUUUGAUCACUCGCUUCUGACUUGUGCAGUGGCAGCAGCAGCAAUCAGCUCAAGGUAUGGCUUCUGGACGGUGAAUAGAGCUGGGUUGGAAGAGCUACGGAGCUAAUCCUAGCAUCUAGAUGUCGUCAACCUCGACCGCAACGCUGCGAAAGCACGACUUUGAAGCGAGAGUGGACGAUGUCAAGACUCCGAAAAGCGACAUCAAUGUCCUUAUUUUGGAUUACUUGACGAUGGAAGGCUACCCAAAUGCCGCUGCGAAAUUCUCGAAAGAAGCAAAUUUACAGCCCCAUCAAGAUAUAUCAUCCAUUCAAGCCCGCCAGGAGAUUCAGACUUGUAUCUAUAGCGGCAACAUUCAGAGCGCAAUUGAGACUCUAAAUGACUUAGACCCUGAGAUCCUUGACGAUGAUAAGGCAUUGCACUUCUCUUUGCUUCGUCUGCAGCUCGUCGAACUGAUUAAGUCUUGUAACGCCGCUGAUGGUGACAUUAGCCCAGCCUUAAAGUUCGCCACUGAGCAGCUUGGGCCCCGUGCGCCAACAAGCCCCCAGUUCCUGGAGGAUCUAGAAAAGACAAUGGCUCUCUUACUCUUUCCUCCAGAGACGUUGGAACCUCAACUGGCCGCCUUGUUGGACCCUGACCUGCGCCGUGAGGCUGCCAAUAACGUAAACAGAGCUAUCCUAGAGCGUCAAUCCACUAGAAGGGAGGCCGCUAUCCGACAUCUCGUACGUUUGCGUGCUUGGGCUGAAAACACUGCGCGGGAACAGGGUACACUGUUGCCUGUGACUCUGGAUAUUGGCCUUCGAGGUACUGAGUCGACCAACAGCAAUCGUAGAACCCUCCACCCUGAAAAUGGGCAUGAGCCUAUGGUUACGACAUGACUCGUUUAAUUUUAGUAGUUUGAUCCUUUGUUAGCGUGCAAGCAAGGCGUUUCGGUUAUUGCAGUUUCGGAUGGCCUAUUGGUCUACAGAGUACAGCUCGGCGUCUGGUAGGCGUACGGGAUAAUUUUUCUUUCAAGUACAAAUAGAAAUUCAUUUUUCUGUUAGCAACGAAUUUCAUGUGUGCAAAGUUUAGUAUGAAUGGUGGCAAUGUAUUGUUUAAAAUUGAGGUCUGCGUUGACAAAUGAAACUCAAGGUUCUAGGUAUUAUUUACAAGUUGGCCAGCCAGCCUCCGGUUUUCCGUCCAUUAUUUCGUUCUAACCUGCUUGAGCUUGCCGGCAGAGUACAAGAAGUUGUUGGCAUAGGCCUUGGGGGUGAACUUGCGGGUGUUGGGCUCCUGGACAAAGUACUCGUAGCCCUGCUUCUCGGCGAAGUGGAUGGCGUCUUCCUUGGACUUGAAGUUCAUGUGAGUGCCCUGCAUGACAUCUCCGGAUGAUUGCCAGCCCAUCAGAGAGUUUUCCCAGCGGUGACCCUUGGGGAGGACAUCCCAGUCCAUACGCCAGUGGUGGCUCUUCCAGGUGCCGGAUUGUGUGGCGGGUUUCGACUCCUUGUAGAUG